UUCCAUCCGGUGUAGUGUGGUGUUGCCAUGCCACCGUUGCCUUUUGUCUUUGUGUCAUUGAGAACAGCCUAGUAAAUAAUCAAGUUGACAGCUGGUCAGUGAGACCUUUUGUCAAAACGGGGCAGUGAAUUGAUUUUUCGAAAAUGUCGUUCACCGACAAGAUAAACAUGAUGAUGUCCAGGCCGGGGGGCGACAACGUUCAGAAGGAUGACGUUCCCUGGUGGAUGCGCUACGGUGGACGAGGCCUGGGGACUGUUGGCAGCUUCUUUGCCAUACUCUUCGGCCUGCUGAACUGCACCGGCAUCCUGUACCUGAACGUGCAGUGCCUCAUCGCCGGCAUCUGGCAGAUGCUGGCCGGGUUCCUGGUGAUAGUCUGCGAAGCCCCGUGCUGUUGCUUUUUCAUAGACUAUGUACAGACCCUCUCCGAUAAGAUUGACUCUCGGCCUUAUUGGAAUAAAGCGGUUUUGUAUUGCGGAUUGGCCGUGCCUCCCUUCCUGAUGUGCAUCUCCGUGAGCACGUUCCUCGGCAGCGGCGUCAUUUUCGCGACCGGCGUCAUCUACGGCAUGAUGGCGCUCGGCAGAAAAGCCUCAAGAGAGGAUAUGAUAUCGUCGGCGGCGAACCUAGAGGCGGGACUGGGCCAGCCGACGACAGCGCCCCGCGCCAACCUCGUCACGAACGAGCAGCCCGUCAGCUUCACCGGAGCGCCCGUCACAUACUGACCUCGACUACCGUGAGUCUCUCAAUCAAGCAAAAACCCUUCGCGCGUUUCAUGCGAUCCUGGUACUCUAGCGCUGGGAACAAAGCGAUCGCCGCUGCUGAUCUCUACUUUAUUAUUUUGAGCCUUUUAUUUUUACGCUUCUGGCACACGCUGUGUGAGCGACAACAUUGAGUAAUUUUUUUUAAACUAGCGAGCUGAAGCGUGACCUCCGCUUUUUCUAUGCGAUCCUGGUACUUUCCACAGCUAAUCAAAUACUUUUAUGCCACCUUGGUGAUUAUGUAGUCCAGUGUAUAAUGAAAUUGACAUCAGUGAGCCUCAACAAAGUUAAGGAGAUAAAGCAAAACCUUCGCUUGUUCCAUGCAACCCUAGUACUUUAGCGCUGGGUUUAGGAGUAAUCAGCGUUACUGACAUACCUACUGCCUUUUGAAAAACUUAUAUUUUUCAUACGUUUUGCGCUCCUAGGAGCAACAUCUUGUACGAUUAUGUAAUUUAUUUAGACAAUUUUAAGCAUUUCGGAAGUAAAUUUACUGAAUUAUUGACGUCUGAAUCGAGUUAAGUGGAAUUAAAUUAACACAGGAAUUAAGUGAUCCUCACGUCUUCAACUUUAUUGACAUAAAUGGCCGAUAAACGCGCUUCUAACGUAGAGCGCCAAUCUAUUAAAUGUAAUUUCAAAAUAUAUGUCUCAUAUCACUUAUAAUACAUAGAUAACUUAAUUGAUGUUGAUUGUUAGUAACAAUAAUAGCAAAGAAACUUGUGUAGAAAUAAAUAGAUUUGAUUAAAAAACAUAUCCGAAUCAUAUAUUAUAACCUAGUAAAUUUCAUUUCAAUUCGAAAGUAAAUCUAUUGCAUUAGAUAAGUAAUUUGUAAAUUAAGAAUCUACGAAGUUGUUGAUUGCAAAAAAUUAAUUAAGACAAUUUUAUGAUAAGAAAGUAUGUAUUUAUAUGUAUAAUAGUAAAAUGUCAAAAGUAGAUAUUGAAACAAUAUUUAACCAAAUGAUUCGUAUUGUAAUUGACAGUUGCACAUUGAGGGCGUGAGGAUCAUUGAUAUAAUUUAUACGGAUAUCAACCUUGACUUUAAGGAUUUAAAGGUAUAGCUGAACUGAAGUUUUGUGCAAAACAUGCUAACUUGUGAAAAAUUUGGGUCAUCUGUACUGUUUACUAGAAAAUACCUAUGUUUUUCCAUUAACUAAUUUGAUUGACUGAUUUCUUGAUAUCAAACAACUUAGCAGAUAUUUAAGGCAAGUGUGGAAAGACAUUAUUUGAGCUUGCGUGCACUACCUUAUAGACCUCAUCUUGUUGAUCACCAGGCAGAUUGAGGAUAAACGUACUCUUAUUUUCAAUAAUAAAUGCAGGCUGACUUAAAACAUGGAGGGCUACAAAUUUUAUAGUAAUCAAAACUACAGCUAUCAUAUUUUCUAAGGCAUGUCAUUCAAUUUUAUCCCUAAUGGAACAUGAAAUAAGUGCGAAAUUUCAAUUACCUUAGUAACGGUUAGCGUUUGAUCACGUGUUUGUUCCAGUGUUGUCACUCUAUUAAUGUUCUCCGAAAAAUAAGUUUGCCAAAAUAUACACUAAUUUAUUGUAACCAUUAUACACGCAUAUUUUUCGCAAUAUUUCAAUUUUUAUUAUACCUUAGUAAUUUAUUUUUAUUUAUGAACUUAGAGGAGAUUUUUACGGUGUUAUGGGAUAUUUUUUAAAUACAAUUAACUAAUAUAAAUAAUUUAUAAAUACUUUACGAAGUUUAUUAGACGUCUCCGUACCUUUUAAACGCUAUCUAAAUCAAGAAAACUGAUUGUUAUUUCAAGAAAAUACGCAUUUGCAAAUAAAAAUGUAUUAAAGUACUAGGGAGGAGGUUAUAUUGUUGGGCGCAAUAUUAAAAUGUUCUUGUUUCGACUGAUUAUUAAAUAAAAUGAUUGACUGUAUUAUUUAUUGGAUUUUCCAUAUAUUUUAUUGCUUAUAAAUUAAUAACCCAUAACAGUAUGUUUAUAUAAGCCUCAAACUAAAAACAUUUUUAAAAAUUUGGAAAUGUUUUUACAAAUUACUUAGUUCUUAAUAAAAAAAAUAUGUAAUUAGCGGAAAUAGUACAAGAUCACACUUCUGUUUUAACGCUUUACCUCACCAUAGAUAUCUUGGGGUACCUUUAACUGCACAGUAAAUGUUUGAUAGGUAAUGUCAAAUUAAUACAAUUUAUCAUUAGUCUUAUCUGAAAUCGGUAGCCAAUUGUUUUUAAUAUAUUUAAAACGUAAACUUUGAUAUUGGUGGUAUUUAAAUCGUAUUAAAUGUUGACAAGAUAAAAUGUUCACUUAAAAAGAAACACCCGUUUAUAGUUAUUCAGAUGAGCGUAGUAAUUUUGCGGUGGGAUCUUAUACUAUAUGUCACUGUGUUUAUUUGUUUUACUAAGUUAACGGCAGAGUGCAUUUGCGCAGCUAUAUUUAUAGUAAUAUUUAAAUUAUGUUAUUUAAUAAUAUACUACCAUCAAGAUGUGUUGCAAUAUUUAACAGCCUUAUGUCAUAUUAGUCAAAUUAUGUUGAUUAACUGACGUUUGACAGUUACGAAAAUGUUACCAUGCUAAAAAUUUAUCGUGAAUCCAGUAUAUUUUAAAAAUAAAUUUUAUUGGGUUUAUAAAUGAUUGUAGUAUAUUAAUAAAUAAAGUUAAUUCGUAGGUAAAUCAAUUAACGUAGAUGAGGGCUGUUAAUAGUGUUAUGUUACGGUAAGUCAGUCUAGCUAAAUGUUAGUCUAUGGUAGACAUUCAUAAUGGAACUUUUGUAAUGUAGAUAUUCUUUUAUAGCUAAUAUUUUACAAUUUAUAUUUUUCGUAAUUUAAAGUACUGGGUAUCUUUGUGUAUUUCUUUAAAUAAAUAUUUUAUUUAUUAACGAAGACAUUUGUGCAAUUUGCAAUAAUAAUGGGAAAAUUAUGAUUUUUACUUGGGAUUUUAUUACAUUCCAAUAAGCACUGAAUUCUUAGCGUCCCUUUUAGUUUAUUUUUUUAAGAUUGUUUUUGAAGACCUGAGGCUUUUUUAUAUUUUAACCUAAUUACUCAAUUUUACUGGUUGAAGAAGGGAGAAAGGCGUUAUUUUAUGUCUGUAUGCACUGGUAGAGGUUACAGUCUUCCCACUCCUGGAUCGUAUCCGAACGCGGUUCCCAGUCUCCCUAAGGAGGUCGAAACCGGGACUAAUCCUAGAAUGAUGAUGACUGGUAAAGAUAAUAUCAUAAUAUACCGAGCAGCUAAAACAAUCCAAAAUGCAUAAUAUUUAUUAAUCAUAACAUUAUUUACAUCACUAAAUAAAGAUUUUUGAAGGUUAUUUUAUUUGUGGUCAAGGGACCAGCGCUAUAUUGUUCAUUAUAUAAUUAAACAUAUUUUGAUAUUACAAUCAAAUAUUGAAACAAAAAAACUUAUAUAUUAUUAUCAUGACUUUUCAAUUUGUCAAUAACAUAAUUAUUUUAUACAGGUAUAGGUUAAAAUCACAAAAAUCUUUAGUUAUUUUGAACUGCCUUCUUUAAAAAGAAAAUAUUUUUUUGUUAAUCAACGCAUUUUCGUAACAGAUUCUUAUCAGGUUUUAUUCAACCAGGCGUUCUUGGUUUUAAAGUAUUUCAAUAAAAGAAGUCAACUCAAAGUUUUUUAGGUUUAAUAUUUGGUGUGUUACUGUCUGAGCAACUAAAUUAUUUUUUGUUCUGAACACUAUUGCAAUGAAAUAUGAUGAUAUAAAGAGUGAUCUCACGUUCUACAUAUAGUGUGCCAAUAAGUAAAUGUUUCAAUAAAGUACAUUGACUAAUAUCUACCUGUCCUAUUCACUCGUUUCUUUACAAAUUCAAUAGUGAUUUAUUUUUAAAAAGAAUUUGACGCAAUUUAUACUCGUAAUGUGUACAAAAAAUGAUUCGUGAUUAAUGGCAACACGAAUGUGCGACAGAGACAGGUACUUCGUGCUUUAUUGAAACAUAAAGAAAUGGAAUUUGAUUAAAUAAUUAUAAUAAACCCGUACUCUUCCUUUCGCCUGUCCAUUAUAUGUAACUUUAUGCAUAUCAGUGUUAAGAUUUGUUUGCUCCUAAUAAUAUACUUUUAUUUUUAAAUCUAUUUGUUUAUAUUCUAAUUAUGUAAAAAGUAUACAUUAUGUAGUCACAUAGAGCCGUUCAAUAAAUGUACUUCAGUAGUAAAAUGGCGUUUGAACACAACUUUUUCUUACGAUAAUCUUGUUCAUGUAUUUUAUAUAAGUAAUAUGUGCUAUUAUUAAAAAAAGUGCUUUCUGUAGUUAAUAUUUAACUUACACACCUAUCUUAAUAUCGGAUUCAAAUAUUUCUAGUUGCCUUCAUACUUUGGUUUUAUAAAUAAAAAUCGCGUUUCAAGUUAUCGUAAGAAAAAGACCGCACUACAGUCUGUUUUUUAAUAUUUAAAAAAGGUAAAUAUCGUGAUCGGGGCGUCUUAACAAGUUGUCAAGGCAUAAUUCUUAACUUUAUAUAAGACAUGCAUUAUCAAUCCGUAAAGUUGGCUAGACCCCGGCAUUUCAUCUAAAGCCCAGAAUAAAAUAGAAUAUCUUGUUUGGCGAUAUCACAAGAGCCAGGUGCAUAAUUUAUUUACCAUUUUUAAAUGACAAAACUAACUGACUGAUAAAAUAUGGAUGAUGUUGUACACACGUCACUAUAGAUAUCAUGUUUGUUGUUACGUAUUCUGUCAGAUAUUUUGAUAAAAUAUUUAGGAAAAUAUUGUAAGCCCUUUGGCGAGUAUUAAAAAUGUUUAUAAGACCCUAGUCUUUAGGUAAUGUUUUUCUAGGUAUAAAGGUUUUGCUCACGAUUCAGCCAACAUUAUUUGUGAAUAUUUUGUGAGAGUUGUAUGUUUUUGUAGAGUGUUGCCAGCUCUCUCGACUAAGGCCUCGUUACACUUCCAGAUUUUAUUUUCGAUUAUUUUAAAUGCUGGCAACAUUCACUUGAAUGCAGAUUUUGUGUGUUUAUUUUUUAUGUCCCAUCAUUAUCAUUUAUUGUGAUUUUGUAAAACUUUUUAUUAUAAUCUUAAUCUAUUGGUAUAUAUUUUUUUAUCAUCAGAUCAUGUGUAUAUUAGGAAAUUGUCAGAAUUUAUUUUAGAAUGUAUAUAAUUGCAAUAUGUUAACAUAUAAAAUAGUUACGCACGGUUCACAGCCCAAGAAACUUCUGUUGCAAUGUAAGUCUCAUGUUCAGAGCAUAAAAUCUGAAGUUAUUAUGUAUAUUUUUACCAAAAAUAUUAAUUCAAUAAAGAUUACAAGAAUAAAGUCUCUCAUUUGGUAUCAAUUUCACAUGAAAUCGACAAGGACAUUCAGGUUUCAUGCUGUGAAAUAAAGAGGUAUGGUAAAUUGUUCGUAAUCGGUAAAAUGUAUACAUAGUUGUUAGUGUAAGCAGUUGCAGUUAUUUCUCGUGUCGACGUUACUGUUUAGGAAGGCAUAUCUGUAAUAAAUGUGUGUAUAUUGAGAA